UUCUUUAUGAACACGCCAAGCAUUCUACCAUAGAACUGCCAUAGGAGAUCUUGAGAAAAUAUUGUUCAAGGAAACCCAAAACAAACAUAAAUUCGUUUUUUGAAAAUUGCCCAAUAGAUCAAUUACGAUACGGAUUCGAAGAGAAGACUAGUUGUCUUGUCCUGGACACAAGGACAUAGUAGCUGCUGCUAAUUAAGAAGAACAGAUUAAAAAGGUAAUCAAACCAUAAACUAACUGACUUAACUGAGUCAAGAUCAAACCACAGGCGUCAGCUUUAACGUAUUCCCGUGUGGAUCAGAAAAGAACCCGCCGGACUUCACCCACAUACAUAAAAUGUCACAGACGCUCGCCUACAUCACGUUAAUCGCUUUUAUUGCGCAUCUCUUAUCAGUCUCGGGCUUGCGCUGUCAUCAGUGCAAUUCGCACGACAACGAGGAUUGCGCCAGUUUGGUGGUGAACACGCCGCGUGCCCAGCGGGAUGAGCAAUAUUUGCUCGAUUGUGAACCCAAGGGGGUGGACCAGGCGUUCUGCCGGAAGACGGUCAUCAAACUGGAGGUGAACGAUGAGCAUCGCAUUGAGCGCAGCUGCGGCUGGAUACAGGAGAAGGCGCAUAAUACCUGCUUUACGGCGGACAACGAGGGCUACAAGCAAAUCGUUUGCACCUGCAGCGAGGAGGGCUGCAACGGCGCCCGUGCAUUAGCCGGCCCUGGUUCAGUCCUGGUACUGGCUCUCAGCCUGCUCGCUGCCCUGGGCUGCGUCCUGCGACGCUGAUGAUGAACUGCAACCAUCCAGCGCAAGGAUUUGAGUUCCAAUCUAAUCAAAUAUCUUGCACUAUCUAUAAGUCUUAUGUUAAUAUCUUUUCGCGCAGCUGUUUCGCAGAAUUAAAAUAUGUUAUUUGUAUUUGUAAUUUGUAUUUCAUAAUUAUGC